CAUUCAUUUCAUUGUUUUUCCACUUUAAUCACUAUUUAGUAUUUCUUUCUUUAAAUUACACUCAUUUCUAUCAAACACAAUCUUUCUUUCUUCCUUCUCAUUGCUAAGAAACAAAGCAAUCUCAUAUCUAACAUUCAUAGUUUCAUAGUUUUCAAAUGUCACAAUCUUCUUGGCCUAUAGUUGCAAUUGUUGUGCUAAGCAUCUUGGCCAUUGUUUUCAUAUUCAUCAGUUACUUGAUUCUUGUGACCAAAUGUUACUCUAACUGGUGGCAUCCAUUGAGAUGGAUAUCAAUCUUACCACCUUCACAGAAUGAAGAGCCCUUCAUAGCGUUCUCUCCGAGGACAUGGAACCGCGGUGUCGACGAAUCCGUCAUCCAAGAAAUCCCAACGUUUCAGUUCACGAAAGGAGAAGGCGGCGAUGAUCGUCGAAGUGUCAAAGGUUGUGUGGUUUGUUUGAAUUCUUUUCAAGAACAAGAUAUGUUGAAAGUACUUCCGAAUUGCAGCCACCACUUUCACUUGGAUUGCAUAAACAUCUGGCUUCAAACAAAUGCUAAUUGUCCUCUUUGUAGAACAAGCAUUUCGGGUAACACGCAGUUUCCGACGAACCGUAACAUAGCAGCACCGAGUUCUUCACCGCAGGAUUCUCAGUUAUUCUCUAACAUGGGUAGUGAUGAAGAUUUUGUGGUGAUUGAAUUGUGGGGCGAAAGAGAGCAUAGAGGAACAAUGUCUCAUAUGCAGCAAGAAAGAAAUGAGUCAAGGGAAAUCAUAGCAUCAGUGAGUAGAACUCACUCUACAGCUAGAAACAUGAAGGAGGAGAAGGUGGUGGAGCUGAAACCAUGGAAAUGUCACAGUGUUUCCAUCAUGGGUGAUGAGUGUAUUGAUGUUAGAAAAAAAGAUGAACAGUUCUCUAUUCAGCCGAUUAGACGAUCUUUCUCAUUGGAUUCUGCAAGUGAUAGAAAAGCUUACUUGGAAGUUCAAGACAUCAUUCGACAGAAUAGUCGGCAUCGUCAAAAUGAAGAUUGUGGCAGUGAAGAUUGUAAUAGUAGCAAGGGUAGAAGAUCAUUCUUUCCAUUUCGUUAUGGUAGGGGAUCAAAAACUUCAUCGCUUGCUAGAGAGAACAGAGUAUAAUAAUGGUAAUAAUGAUAAUAACACUAUGAUUAUGUAAACUGAUGCAAUUAGAAAAGUUGUUCUAUUGUUUUUUUUCCUCAAUGUUGUAUUCUAAAUUUUCAUUCCAGUUUUGCUGGUGAGAUCUUUAAAUUUGAGUGGGGUCAAUGAGGAGUGACAUAAAAGACAAUGCUUUAAUAGAGUUAGUAUGACACUAUUAGAAGUAUUAUCAAAAAUAGAAAUAGUUGCUUUUAGUGUGUCAUUGCUUGAAAUAACAAAUGAAAGCAAAUGAUUACUUGUACGCACGCAGCUUUCAUUCAUGUUC